CUCGCUUGCAGCCAGAGACGCUGCUUUUUUUCCGGGUUCGGAGCUGUUCCGGAUGCUUUAGGCUGCCGGAUGUCUGAUCUCCGGAUAACUGAGGCGUUUCUGUACAUGGAUUAUCUGAAUGAAAUUUUGACUCUCUACCUUAUGCUAUAUUUGCUUGAGUGAACAACAUACUUAAAGGGAUCACAGGACAUCAGAGCUUGAGGAUGUCAGACCUUAGAGAACAUCAUCUUGAAUGAUCUCAUCUUUCCAGUUGGAGAAACAGAGGCAUGGACAGGGUCAAAGAUUUUUAUUAGAGAAAGACAUUUCAUUUUAGGUGGCUGGAAAGUACGUGCAGCUGAGAACCAUCAACCAUUUAGACUACAUGCUUCAUUUGAGUUGUGUUUCUGGACAAAAGUCAAGUAUGACAACUUGUUUUAGAGCACUUUGCUGCAAGGGACCACCGCCUGCACGACCAGAAUAUGACCUGGUUUGCAUAGGCCUCACCGGCUCUGGAAAGACAAGUCUGCUGUCAAAGCUCUGCAGCGAAAGUCCCGAGAACGUCGUGUCCACCACAGGUUUUAGUAUAAAAGCAGUGCCAUUCCAGAAUGCCAUCUUGAAUGUAAAAGAACUUGGAGGGGCUGAUAAUAUCCGGAAAUACUGGAGCCGCUACUACCAAGGAUCUCAAGGGGUAAUAUUUGUACUAGACAGUGCCUCUUCUGAAGAUGAUUUAGAAACUGCUAGAAAUGAACUGCACUCCGCACUUCAGCACCCACAGUUAUGCACUUUACCGUUUUUAAUAUUGGCCAAUCAUCAAGACAAGCCAGCUGCUCGAUCAGUACAAGAGGUCAAAAAAUAUUUUGAACUUGAACCACUCGCACGCGGAAAACGCUGGAUUCUGCAGCCCUGCUCACUGGAUGACAUGGAUGCACUGAAAGACAGCUUCUCUCAGCUGAUAAAUUUGUUAGAAGAAAAAGAUCAUGAAGCUGUAAGAAUGUGAAAUCUGGCAAAGAAAACGGGUUCCCAGAAGGCCUUGAACCUAUCAUGUUAGUUUCUCAUUUUAAUUUUAUUUUGGCAUCAAGACUAUAAUGGCUUCAAUGUCUAUUUUCCUCUAGUUGUCCUCAGACUCCCAUCUCUCUGUGAAAGUGAAUAUUCUGUAUAGCAGGUGAACUAUCAUCAGCAUUACCGUCAAGUACACACUACUGAGAGAGAAUUUAUUCUCUGUUUACCACUAAUUAUCUUCACCGCAUGUCUUUUCCUUCUGUUGUUCUAAGUGUCUCUUCUAUACUCUGUGCUAAAAUGAGUGGAAUUCAUGGCUCACGGAAAUCAAAUCCCUUAUGGAAGGACUCAGGGGGACUCAGAACUUUGACUCAUUUUCCCUGGGUUUGGAGGUGCAGUAUUAUGUGACUAGGACUCCCCAUAAUAUGUAUAUUGUUUUAUUUUAGUUUAUCUUUUAGCUUUUUGUCUACUAGCCUUAUAGAUUAUGAGAGAAAAAUUAGCACUAAAAACUUCAAUUAAUCACCUUAUGGGAAAGGAAUAUCCUGCCAUAGUUUCCUUGUUGACAUGUGAAGUCUCACUCCCCCCUUUUAAGAGCAAAGACAUUGUUUUAGUUUUUGAGAAGAGAGAGAGGAAACUUAGGCACAAUGCAUGCAACAUUGAUUACUGUUUCAUCAAGUCCUCAAAUAUUUUUUUAAUGGAAAGAUUACCCUGCAUAAAGUCAAGCUGCAACAUAAUAUAAGUAUCUUUUUCUAAAAAUCUUCAGUAUCUGAUUGGAAGAGAGAAAAUAAUUUUUAAAAUAACAGAAAAAAUGUAAGAACAGCCAAAUGAAGUAUAGUUGAUACCAACUGGGGUUUAAGCUGGCAUGGAUUUGACAAAUAUAACACAGAUAGCCUUUUCUGUAUAUUCAUUCAUUAAGUGCUAAUGUAGUUUAAUGGAGUCAGUUAAUGUCUCCAACUAGUAAUUAAAAGUCUACCAGUAUUUCUAUUAUAAACCUCUAUUUUCAGGGGUUUCAAUGAGCCCUUAAAAAUGUGCUGGGGCUGAGUAAAUUAGUCAUUUUAGGGCCCCAAUUCAGUCUUUGGAACUGAUUUUUUUUUUUUACAUAAUUUAAAUGACAAAAUUAUGCAGAGAUAACUGUACAGUUUUAUUAAAGUUUGGCGCCUUUGACCUUUUCUAAAUCAGAAAUAAUCUUAUGGAUAUCGAGGUUUAGGGAGGAAAUAUUCUUUGGCAUGUUUUGUAGGUUUUUUUGACCACUGAAAAUACAAAGUGGCCAAAUGUUAGAAAAACUGCUCCCUUCAUCUGCAAUAAAAACAUGUUUGUAGUUUUUAGGUAGCAUGGACUGAUUCCCAAAUACUGCAGGUUUACACUGUGUUACAGGGUGAUAUUACCCUUGUAAUUCUCCAGAGAUGUACAUCACUCAAAUAUAAUCACAUAGGUGGAUUUUAAUGAAAUCAUUACCUUUGAAACAUCGAAUACUUCCUGAAGCUUUUUUUAAAUGGCAUGGAUCAAAAAAAUUCAUAUUCAAUUUUGUCUACAGCAUCCUUGAAUAUUUUUACACCAUGUAAUCUGUGAGCAGCACAAAACUUUUAUUCUGAUGACCAGUUACACAAUUUCUGCUUUUAUUUUGUCCUGAUGUGCUCAUCUUCUAUGAAAAAUAAAUGAUCAUUAGGCAUUGCUUCCUCUGCAAGUUCAUUAAAUGUAGCAUGUUGUCUUUUUAAGAUACUGUGGCUGAGUCCUCCUAAGCCAUCUGUUAAAUGACUUCCCGUUGUCUGUGUGUGUGUGUGUUCAUUUGUGCGCCAGUGAUGGGCUUCUUCUCAGACCCACGACUGUCUGCAGUGUCUCAGCCAUCAGAAUGAAAACAUUAUCAAUCAGUACCCAACAACAGCUGUUUUUGACAAGUUUCUGUCUGACGCCUAAUGCUUUACAACUGUCAAUAAGGCUCCUUCUUUGUCUAGCAGUUCGGAGCUCGCCGUCUUGCUGCUUCCGUGUGGCAUCCUGUCCUUGUAACCCUAGAAUUUGCCAUGUUUUGGAAAUCCACUUGUAGGGAGGGGAGGGGGCUUGGCUGGGUGUGUGUGGGUGGGUGGUGGGUGGUGGGUGUGUGUAUGCAUUAUUCCUACUUUCAUUAAAGUGCCACAGGUGUCUUCGUUUUGCAUAUUCAAAUAUUAUAUGGGAAAAACAGCCUGUUAUGUAUUCACUUAGCUUCUUGUUAUAUUUAUGGAAGUUACCAGUUUUUGUACCUUCUUAGCCAAAGCAGUUGCCUUUUUGUAAUGGCAAUUAAUUUAUAUAACAAAACUUUGUAUCUAUUGUAGUUUGUAGUUUCGGUUGCUAAUUAACUGCCAUCUUGCCCUGUCUUUCUGUUAACACUGUAUCUAUACUUAGAGGUUAACAGAUUCAUGUGGACAAUUGCCAGGCAAGAAGAACUCAUAUUGUCCGUGAUUUAUAUAUGAUUUCCACUAUCUUCAAGUGAAAAUAAAUGCUGAGUAGAAUUGAU